AUGCCACCCCCGGGCCGCACAGAGGCGCUGCGCCUCCGCCGAGGCCCAGGCUGCUGCCGGCGCGAAGGGGCGCGCAGGCGUCUGGGGCUCCUCGGACCGGCGGUUGGGAGCAGCGCGGCUGCGGGGAGGGCUGCGGCUCUCCCACCCACCAUCCUGGCCCUCCUCUGCUUGGAUGGCGUCUUCCUCUCCCCGACCGAGAAUGACUUCGUGCUCCGCGUCCAGGAGGAGCUGGACCGCUUCCUGUUGCAGAAGCAGCUGUCCAAGGUGCUUCUCUUCCCCCCACUCUCCAGUCGCCUGCGGUACCUGAUCCACAGGACGGCGGAGAAUUUCGAUCUCCUGAGCAGCUUCUCUGUGGGGGAAGGCUGGAAGAGGAGGACGGUCAUCUGUCACCUGGACGUCAGGUUACCCAGUUCAGAUGGACUCUCCGGCCCCCGCCGCCCUCCUGCCUCCCACCCUUGCAAGUCCCGAGGGCCUUGGACCCCCUCAAACCAGGGUCCGGCUGCCGGCCACCGAGGGGCGCGGGCAGGUGGGGGGCGGGGGCAUCGAGGACGCAAGCCGGACCAGGCUCUGUACGUGCCCCGGGUGCUGCGCAGGCCGGGAGAACGGGCGCCGACCCUGACCCCGGGGCCCGAGGAUGGCGUUCCCGCCGGCGGACUCCUGGAAGAGCCUGGGGAUGUUGGUGCCGGGGACCCCAGCUCCGCUCAGGAACCCCCCGUGUCGAUCACUCAGACGACAGAGGACCUGCAGGGCCCCGGCCCGCCGUGCGAGAAGGAGCAGCCGCAGGAGCCAGGGGGCACGGAGCCCGCGGGGCCUGGGAGCCUCUCGGGGACGGGGGACAGCCUGGAGAAGGCCGCCCAGCUUCUGUCCCGGGCGCAGCUGGACCUGGAAGAGGGGAAUGGGAGCGAGCCGGGGAAGAGCGUGGCAGCAGAGGAGGAAGAGGCAGAGAUGGAAGUUGAGGGGCCUGGCGGCUUCUCCGCGGAAGAUUACAGCGCGCUGCUGCGGGAGAUAACGGACAACCUGACCCAGAAGGAGGUCCAGGUGGAGAAGGUCCACGUGGACACGUCCUCCUUCGCGGAGGAGCUGCCUGGAGAGCAGGACUUUGCCCACGUGGUGGAGAUCUACGACUUCGACUCGGCACUCAAGACCGAGGACCUGCUGGCAGCAUUUUCCGAGUUCCAAGAGAAGGAGUUCAAGAUUCAUUGGGUGGACGACACGCAUGCUCUCGGAGUCUUUCCCUGCCUGGCCUCAGCCGCUGAAGCCCUGACCAAGGAGUUCUCAGGGCUCAGGAUCCGGCCCCUCACGCAGGGAAGCAAGCAGUCCAAGCUGAAGGCCCUGCAGAGGCCAAAGCUCCUGCGCCUGGCGAAGGAGAGACCGCAGACAAGCACAGCAGUGGCCCGGAGGCUGGUGGCCCGGGCCCUGGGGCUUCAACACAGCAAGAAAGAGCGGCCCGCUGUUGAGUCUCCUACCUCCCCGAGGCCCUGAGAGGCCCGGCCAGCCUGGAGCGACACCCCGUGACGAGCCGGCACCUCAACACCACAAGCCUUCACAGAGCAGCCCCGAGCUCCCGGCGGGGUGGGCUUCAACUCGGUCUGCUUCCAGAAGUUGAGAAAAAAUAAACAUU